AUGAUUGAGUUGAAGAGCGAGAGUAACGCGACCCAGGUGGUGCUGACGAACCUACAGCUAGACGCAGCCGACAAAUACAGCUGCGAGGUGUCCGCUGAUGCUCCAUCCUUCCACACGGACCUGGUCUCAGCCAGCAUGGACGUCGUCGAAUUACCCUCUCAAGGGCCGUCGAUACAUGGGUUAAGGAGGAAAUACCGGAUCAACGAUAUGCUACGUUUGAACUGCACAUCCGGACCCAGCAAACCCGCGGCCAAUCUCACCUGGUACAUCAACAACCAACAACCGGAGAAGCCGCACGUACGCACUGUCCGCAUGUUCAGUCGUUUGGACAAGAACGAGUCCGAGUGGCAGGUAUCCCAGAUCAGCCUUCAGUUUCUCGUCACGCACAUCCAUUUUGUUGGGAACAAGCUGAAGAUACGCUGCAGCGCCUCGAUAUACGACAUCUACUGGCAGACCACCGAGGUCAGCACGGAGGAGGACAGGCCGAGGGUGAUCCACUACGAGCCACCAGCUGCGACCAUCGUGGGCAUCAACUACCUUCAACCACCGCCCAACUUUCAGACAGGCCAGAAGAAACCCGCUGGCCACGUUGGAGUGAAAGUUCUCGGCUCGUCCAGGUCGGAGGCAAGACUGCCGUCGGCGCGGCUGGUCCUGGGACUGUUCGCGUCCCUUUUGAUCGCCAUUCGUUAACCGUACCGCAUUCAACUACGCGCGCUUUGGAGCUGUUUAUAUAAAUCGACGUGCUUGUAAGAAAGUCCAGGCCGCUUUGUGUG